AUGUCGUCUUACGAUGUAUCUUCAACAAAGUCCUAUUUACAGGCGAUGCAACCCAUGAUAGAAAGCUUAGAAGAACUAAGCUUGGUAGUACCCGAUGAAGAAAUAAAGAUCCCCCAAUUCAAAGACGAUGAUGGUUUCCAACUUAAUGUUCUGAAGAGCCUUCAAGCACUGUUUGAUGAGAUUGAAAGAUCAGAAAUAGAUACUAGUGACUCUGAUAGUGGUGAAAUUCGACCCAUUGAUGAACUUAUAGAAGAAUUGAGUAACUUUUGUGUUACUAGUGAGAGUGGAUUCACUACGGAUCAAUUACUUCAACAAGUUAGAGAUAUUCUACAACAGAAUGACUCACAAGAUUUAAUUCAAUCUCUACUGGUCGAUAUUUUUGGAUUUGAAAAUUUUGAUUUAAUUAGCAACAUCCUUAAAAACCAGGAGGCCCUAGUGGCUCAAGAAAAACCAAGGACGAUGAAGAAUGACUCACUUAAAGCUACUGCUGAUGAGGAGAUUGCCAUUCAGGUGAGAGAAAACAGAAGAAAGGCGAAAAUCCAACCUUUGGAGUUUGCUCCUUCCAAAGAAAAAUAUCCACAUGUUUUUAGAAGUUAUGAAAGUGGGAACACUAUUUCUUUCACGGGCAAGAAAUACUCUUUACCCGUUGGGACCACGAGACAGGCUUACGGAAAGUACGAAGAAAUUGUAAUUCCUUAUCCAACGGCGAAACCUGUCGUUAUUAAUGAAAGAGCAAUUCAAAUAUCAGAGCUUGACCCCAUUUGCAAGGGUACUUUCAAGAAUUACAAAACAUUAAACAGAAUGCAAUCACUGAUAUAUCCAGUUGCGUAUAAUACCAAUGAAAACAUGCUUGUAUGUGCACCCACGGGUGCUGGUAAAACUGAUGUUGCAACAUUAACCACUUUGAGUGUAAUCAACCAGUUUGUCACGGAAACUGCAACAGAGGAGGGUCUUCAGUUGGAUAUAGAUUACGAAUCAUUCAAGAUAGUAUAUGUGGCGCCAUUGAAGGCACUUGCCGCAGAAAUUGUGGAAAAAUUCACGCAAAAGCUAGGGUGGCUAGGUAUUCAAGUUAGAGAACUGACUGGUGAUAUGCAAUUAACUAAAUCUGAGAUUAUCGCUACUCAGGUGAUAGUCACAACUCCUGAAAAGUGGGAUGUGGUUACAAGAAAGUCCAACGGAGAUAAUGAGUUGGUCGAAAAAGUGAAGCUUUUGAUUAUAGAUGAAGUUCAUCUUUUGCACGAAGACCGUGGUAGUGUUAUCGAAACCUUGGUAGCAAGAACACUUAGACAAGUCGAGAGUUCCCAAAGCAUGAUUAGGGUUGUAGGACUUUCAGCAACUCUACCUAAUUUCAUAGAUGUCGCAGACUUCUUAGGAGUGAACAGGCAUGUAGGCAUGUUUUACUUUGACCAAUCAUUCAGACCUGUUCCUUUAAAGCAACAAUUAAUUGGUGUGAGAAAGCAGGACAGCCCUCGUGCAACUAGAGAUGCCAUCGAAAAUGUUGCCUAUGAAAAACUAGUUGAACUAGUGGAAGAGGGUCAUCAAGUAAUGGUAUUUGUACAUUCUAGAAAAGAUACUGCCAUGACGGCGAGAUCGUUUAUCAAUGCAGCUGGAAAGAAUGAGGAGUUCAGUUAUUUUGACUGCUCAAACUCAGAAUCUUUCGAACGCUUUAGACGGGAAAUGGGUAAGAAUAGAAACAAAGAUGUCAAAGAGUUAUUUCAACAUGGAUUUGGUAUCCACCAUGCAGGAAUGCUACGAUCUGAUAGAAAUAUUACUGAGAAAAUGUUCACUGCUGGUGCCAUCAAGGUUCUGUGUUGUACCUCAACUUUAGCCUGGGGUGUUAACUUACCAGCUGCUGCAGUUAUUAUUAAAGGAACUCAAGUUUACGAUUCAAAGCAGGGUGGUUUUACAGACCUUGGAAUAUCUGAUGUCAUCCAGAUUUUCGGUCGUGCAGGCCGUCCCCAAUAUGAGCAGUUUGGUACUGGUAUUCUGUGUACCAAUCUAGAAAAGCUGGAUCAUUACAUAUCAUUGAUUACUCAGCAGCAUCCAAUUGAAUCGAAGCUGGCUGCUAAAUUGGUGGACAAUUUGAAUGCCGAAAUUUCUUUAGGUACCGUCACGAACGUUGAUGAGGGAGUUCAGUGGCUGGGUUACACUUAUAUGAACGUCAGAAUGAAACAGAACCCUUUUGCAUAUGGAAUCGACUGGAAAGAACUAUCACAGGAUCCACAGCUGGUACAAAAGAGACGCAAUAUGAUAAUUGAGGCGGCUAGAAAGUUACAUACUUUGCAGAUGAUCAUUUAUGAUGAUAGAUCCAAUUCAUUGGUGCCGAAAGAUCUUGGAAGAGUAGCAUCUGAUUUUUAUUUACUCAAUGAGUCAGUUGAAGUAUUUAACCAAUUACUUAACCCGAGAGCUACUGAGGCUGAUGUUUUAUCCAUGAUCUGUAUGAGCAGUGAAUUUGAUAACGUGAAGGCCCGUGAAGAUGAGACAAAUGAGCUAUCUAAAUUAUUGGACGAGAGCACAGAGUGCCAAAUCGCCGCUUCUCCUGAUACGGCUCAAGGUAAGACGAACAUUCUCUUGCAAGCUUAUAUUACCCAAUCCUCUGUGAAGAACUCUGCUCUAGUUUCAGACUUGAACUAUGUGGCUCAGAAUUCUGCUAGAAUUUGUCGUGCUCUGUUUCUCAUUGGAUUGAACCGUAGGUGGGGAAUAUUUUCUAAAGUCAUGUUAUCCAUAUGCAAAUCAAUAGACAGGCGAAUUUGGGCAUGGUCACAUCCUUUGCGUCAGUUUGACAUCCCAACAGAUAUAAUGAAACAAAUUGAAGCCAAGAACCCAACUAUAGAUACUUUGAGAGAUCUGACAGUUGAAGAGCUGGGUGAUUUAGGACAUAAUAAAAAAAUGGGGAAAAGCAUUCACCGGUUGAUUGAUUCUUUUCCUUAUAUUCUUAUUGAUGCAGAAGCAUUUCCAAUAACCAGCAAUGUCAUGAGGAUUCACUUGAAGCUAGAUGCUGAUUUCUAUUGGAACGAAAAAUAUCACGGAAAUGCCCAAUUUUUUUGGGUCCUGGUAGAAGAAUCAGAUAAAUCUACUAUUUUGCAUGUAGAAAAGCUGAUCAUCAACAAGAGACAACUAAAAGCAACUCAUGAAUUAGAUUUCAUGAUACCCUUGUCCGACCCUUUGCCUCCGCAAGUUGUCGUCAGAGUAAUCUCUGAUACUUGGAUAGGAGCUGAAAACACACAAACAAUUUCUUUUCAGCACCUAAUCAGGCCUCAUAAUGAGACGCUUUCUACCCGAUUAUUAAAAUUACAACCACUACCAAUCACAGCUCUCAACAAUCCAAAGAUUGAAAGCAUUUAUUCCAAAAAGUUCAAUUACUUCAAUCCUAUGCAAACAAUGGCAUUUCAUUCCCUAUACAACACUAACCAGAAUGUGUUCAUUGGGUCUCCCACUGGUUCAGGAAAAACAGUCGUAGCCGAACUUGCAAUUUGGCAUGCUUUUAAGGAGUUUCCCGGAUCCAAAGUUGUUUACAUUGCUCCAAUGAAGGCACUAGUACGGGAAAGAGUAGACGAUUGGAGAGCAAGGCUUACAGGAAAUAAAGUUGUUGAAUUAACCGGUGAUUCUCUUCCUGAAGCCAAAGAAAUUAGAGAAGCCAAUAUUGUUAUUACUACACCAGAGAAAUUUGAUGGUAUUUCUCGUAAUUGGCAGACCAGAAAAUUUGUUCAACAGGUUUCUCUAAUCAUCAUGGAUGAGAUUCAUUUACUAGCAAGUGAUCGUGGACCUAUCCUGGAGAUCAUUGUCAGCCGUAUGAACUACAUCUCUUUGUUUACAAACAAACAAAUCAGGUUACUCGGUAUGUCUACUGCAGUGUCGAACGCUAUGGAUAUGGCCAGUUGGUUGAAUGUAGGACCUUCUGGAUUAUUUAACUUUCCUUCAUCUGUUAGGCCUGUUCCACUACAGAUGUACAUUGAUGGUUUUCCAGACAAUUUGGCAUUUUGCCCUUUGAUGAAGACAAUGAAUAAGCCAGCAUACAUGGCAAUCAAGCAACAUUCACCAAGCAAGCCUGUACUGAUCUUUGUUGCUUCAAGAAGGCAGACUAGACUUACAGCCCUUGAUUUGAUUCACAUGUGUGGCGCAGAGGAGAAUCCUCGUAGAUUUAUGAAAAUGUCAGAUGAUGAGUUGGAAGACGUGCUGGCAAAGGUAAAGGAUGAAGCACUUAAAUUGUCCUUGCAAUUUGGUAUUGGGGUGCAUCAUGCAGGUUUAGUAGAAAGUGAUAGAGAUUUGGCUCACAAGCUGUUUGAACAGAGUAAGAUUCAAAUCUUAGUCGCUACCUCCACUUUGGCUUGGGGUGUGAACCUGCCUGCUUAUCUGGUAGUUAUCAAAGGGACCCAGUUUUUUGACCCAAAGAUUGAAGCUUUUAGGGAUAUGGAUCUUACUGAUAUUCUUCAAAUGAUGGGAAGAGCAGGUAGACCGGCAUAUGACACCAGUGGUGUGGCUAUUGUCUAUACCAAGGAAUCUAAGAAAACUUUCUACAAGCACUUUUUGAACGUUGGAUUCCCUGUUGAGUCAUCUCUUCAUAAGGUUUUAGCUGACCAUAUCGGUGCGGAAAUUUCAGCUGGCACUAUUAAGUCUCGUCAAAAGGCAUUGGACUUUUUAACGUGGACUUUUUUGUUCAGACGAGCUCACAACAAUCCUACUUACUACGGGAUCGAAGAUACGACAGAUGAAGGAAUCAGCAAGUACUUAACGGAACUCAUCGACAAAGUUAUACAGAGCCUAGAGUAUGCUAAAUGCUUGGUAGUUACUCCAAAGUUGCUUACUCCUACUCCCUUUUUGAAAAUUUCGUCUUAUUACUAUUUGUCACACAAGACUAUAGGAUCUUUGCUUUCAAAUGUGCAUAGAAAUUCGUCGUUCAGAGAAUGUCUUCAAUGGCUCUGUGAAGCAGCAGAGUAUGACGAAUUAUCAACUCGCCAUGGCGAAACCCUAAUUAACAUAGAAAUGAGUGAAAAAAUGAGAUAUCCAGCAGAUUCUUUUGGUUAUGAAUUAGACUUCUUUUGGAAUCCUCAUAUCAAAGCAUACUUACUACUCCAAGCUUUCAUGUCGCGUGUCGAUCUUCCUAUUGCUGACUACAGUCAAGAUACUGUUGCUGUAUUAGCACAAAGUUUGCGUAUUCUACAGGCCUACAUUGAUACCACUUCAGAGCUUGGGUAUCUGUCUACUACUUUGACUUUGAUAAGGGUGAUGCAAUGUAUAAAGCAGGCCUGUUGGUUCGAUAACGGGCCUUUGACUGUUUUGCCUGGUUUAUCACCCGAGUUUGUCGACGAGGAGCAAGAUGAUGGAGGGGACUUGGAUAAACUUGUUUUAGAGGAAGCUCAGAAUUCCGAUGAAAGUUCUAACGAGUUAAAGAAACUUGGUUCCAUGAGCUAUGGUCAGCUUCAAGUUUUGGCUAAUCAACUGGGUGUUCCGGCUCAGAAAAGAAAAAGGUUCUUGGACGUUGCUUCAAAAAUCCCAACUGGUGAGUUCAACGUUAAGCAACCUAAUGUCGACACUCUUGUUGUUACUCUCAAUCAUGAGAACGCUCCAUGGAACCAGGAUUUCAAGGUUUAUGCCCCAAGGUUUGGAAAAUCCCAAAGAGAGACAUGGUUUGCAAUCCUUUGUGAACCCGAGUUCGACGAAUUGGUCAUUUUGAAACGUGCUAGCCCUCAAAUGGUUAACAAGAAGGGCUCCGUCGUGUGCAAUAUAGAUAUUCCUGAACAACUUAAAGGUAGAAUGCUCACUGUUAUGUUUGUUAGUGAUUUUAUGGACAUCACCUACGGCACUACAAUCACUUUGAGUAAGGAAUAG